AUGAAAGCUAACACCCAGCAGUUCCAAACCUUCGACUAUACACUUGACGAUGAAACAGUCCAAGAAAUCGUUUCGAAAUUCACAAAUAGAAACCCUUCAGUCGACAAACUUCCAGCACUCCGCAAGCCUUUUAAGAUUGACUCUUCUCUAAUCCAAGUAAAAAUAAUUAGGCAGCUGAAUAUGAAGCCAAAGUAUGGCUAGAACGUCGAAUUCCAGCCCAGCAGGUAAAGCACCAAACCCUUGAAGACUUAUUGCGAGCUCUUUUCAGUGCCUUAUCAGUUGAUGAGAACGGAAAAGUCAAUGGUUUACGCAUUGUUGAGCAGCUAAUUUCUCUUGGCCUCGCUUCAGAGCCUGCUUCUUUAAUCAAAGUACACCUUAUAUAGAUUUUAUGUGCUGCUUUUAAAGAGCCAAACAUAAAUAAGCUGACUUUAUCGCUCCAUGAUAUGAUGCUAUUUUGUUCAGGUGACCGUAGGACUGACUAUAUUUUGGAAAAAUUAAAUUUUUAUGCUGAAAAUUACCGUUCCCCGUCCCCAAUUCUCCACUCAAACCUAAUCCUCCCUAACGCUCCUUCUAUUUUUGCUAGACCUAUUUCAAUGGAGCCUCCAAAGCGAAAACACGCGAUAUCUCAUACAGCCAGGACCCAAAGCGUCACUAAAAAGAAAAAUUUGACGAUGGCAGACCAUUUAAAUAUCGUAAAUGAAUGGUGGAAAGAAAUUGAUAAUAAAAACGAAGGGUUUGUGGACAGUGAAGAAGUCGCGAUUAAAUUAAUAGAAAAAAGGAUAGUUGCUAACAGCUUAGAAGCUAAAAAACUAGUUGGCCCUGGGGAAAGCAAAACUGGGAAGGCAAAUUAUCAGCAGUUUCAGCAGAUUUUUGCAAGAAGUAUGCUGAAAGGGUCGUUAUUAAGCUUGGCUGACAGACUGUCAGAAGGCCCGCUUGCGAAGCCUUUUUUUACAGCUGCCAUGAAGCUGUCUGCUUAUAAGAGAAAAUUAUUGAUCGCCAGAAUCAAGCCAAAUGAAGCAAAUAUUACUCAAGAAGAAGGCGAAAAUGCUUUAAAAGCGAUUGAAAAAUAUAAAAGAUACGUCAGGUCAAUAUCCCCAACUAAAUAA